AUGGAUGCCACCUACCAAGAUUUAGCCCAGCGCGUGCAGUCUCAAUGGCUCGAGAAGAAGUCACAAGGCCAACGGCUCAUUAUCGCCCUGGCUGGACCCCCUGGGUCUGGAAAGACGACGAUCGCCAGGCACAUCGUGGAGCACGUGGCUGCCCUGCCCUUCAGCCCCUCUAUUGUUGCUAUCUCCGCAGACGGCUUUCAUCUCUCAUUAGCUACCCUACGUGGCCUUCCUAAUGCAGCCGAAGCAAUAGCUAGAAGAGGCGCACCCUGGACUUUCGAUGGUGCCGCUAUCGUCAACUUAGUCCGGAGCCUUCGGUCUGGAAGCGGCCAGCACGCUGUCACCGCCCCUACAUUUGAUCACGCGGUCAAGGAUCCCGUUAUCGAUGGGCUGACAGUCGGCCCUGAUGUUGAAGUAUGCCUUCUGGAGGGCAACUACCUGCUCAGCGAUGAGCCCCCCUGGAGCGAUAUCGCAGACCUUGUUGAUGACAGAUGGCUUGUCAAGGUCGACCCAAUACUGGCCAGAGAUCGAGUUGCUAGACGGCACCUAAAGGCAGGCAUUGAGGAUACGAUGGAGAAAGCACUUAAAAGAGCUGAAGAAAAUGACAUGGUGAAUGGGAAAUAUGUCAUGAUUCAUAGUCAGGGCCGCUUCGAUGUUCUGAUCGACAGUAUAGAGCAAAGGAAGCCCUGA